AUGAGAAAUGCCAUUCUUGCCCACAAUCUUGAUUUAGUCAACUAUUUAUUCAAAGGUUGCAAGAUUGCAAUUGAUCCACAAUGGUGCUAUUUAUACAAGAACAUCCCAGCUUUCAUGGUUUACGCUGAUCAUACUGAAGAUUUCUUUUUCUGCUCUACGGGAACAGUCAAGUUCGGACUUAUGAGAAUGUCUAAGUAUUUUAUUGCUCAUAAAGACGAUUUCAAGAUCCACAACGAAAACGUAAUGCCUCAAGCACAAGGUCCACAACCAAAUGUUGACUGGACAACAGGAAUAGAAUACUUUGAUCCAUCUGAUGAUGAACAUGAUGAUAAGGCCAUCAAAGAUGAAAUAAAUGAUGGUGAAUAUAUUGAUUUUGAUGAUUCACCCGAAGAAAUUGAUAGCUAUGAGGAAUAA